AUGAAGUUAUCUGCAUCAGUUAUUCAAUAUGCAGUAAUAUGUUUAUCUGUUUUGACUUACUCGGUAUAUGGUUUGUCUAAUUCUGAAUUGGCAAAAUUGGCAUUAGAGAGUCCAAAUCAUAUUAUUCAAUUGAAUGACCAAAAUAAAGAACAGUUAUUAAAUACACAAAGAGAAGGUUAUGUAGUAGUAUUAUUUACUGCUACGGAUCCAAAAGUCAAAUGUAAAAUUUGUCGUGAGUUUGAAAGCGAAUACAUACAUUUUGUCAAGUCAUGGUAUAAAGAUCAUCCAAAUGGUCAAUCUAACGAGGAUAAAUCAAAAAGUUUAUUCUUCUUUGAGGUUAACAUUAGAAAUGUCCGUAGCAUGCCAGAUUUGAUUAAAUAUUAUAAAAUUGAGGAUGUUCCAAGAUUUAUCUUAUUUAGACCAGACGGUUUAAUGGAUGAUUUUGAGAAAUUUACAAUUCAAACAACAAACACAGAAGUAAGAAUAAAUGACCUUCUAACAAAGAUUAAAACUGCUACGCAAAUUUAUGAUAUUAAAUAUUAUGAACCAACAGAUUAUUCAUCUUUGCUAUGGACUGUAUUUAUGACAUUCACAGUUGUUUUUAUAAUUAAAAGAUAUAGAAACUUUAUUUAUUCUGUCUUUCAUUCUAAUGUUUCCAAAGCUGCCUUAUUAACAUCUUUCAUAAUAUUAAUGAUAAGUGGUUAUAUGUUUAAUACCAUUAAGAACCCAAGAUAUGCCGGUGUUAAUAAAGAAGGUGAUAUAAUGUACUUCAUUCCAGGUCAAUUACAAGCACAAUUUGCAAUUGAAUCACAGAUAGUUGCUUUGUUAUAUGUCUCGUUUACCAUCGUUUUGGUUACCCUUGUAGCAGGUCAAAAACCGUUGAAAGAAUUUUUAAAAGGUGAGAAACAUGCGUCAAAAAUUAUUACAGUAUUAAUGCCAAUUACUUUAUCAUUUGCAUUUUAUGUCUUUGUUGCAGGUUUCACAUCUAUUUAUAAAGUCAAACAAUCAAGCUAUCCAUUUCAAGUUGCGAAGCUUUCUUCUUUAUUCCGUAGGAAAUAA